CAGAGUGGCCACACUUGCUAAAACCAAGGAUGAAGAAGGCAGCAUCAUGCUUCUACCUAUGGCUUUUCUUUCAACUUCCCCUUAUUGGUUCUUCCACCCAGGUGAAAUACAAAGUAGAGGAAGAGCAGCCACCAAAUAUCUUGAUUGGAAGUCUGGCUGCUGACUAUGGCUAUCCAGACUCCAAGCACCUGUACAAGCUGGAAUUGGGGCAUCCUUACCUCCGAGUGGAUGGCACGAAAGGGGACAUCUACACAACUGAGACUGCCAUUGACCGAGAGAGCCUGCGUGAGUGCCAGAACUUGUUCCCAGGCCAAGCAUGUUUCUUGGAGUUUGAGGUGUCUAUGACAGACCUUAUGUCCCCUGUUCCCAGGCUUAUCGAUGGUCAGAUUGAGGUUUUGGACAUAAACGAUAACAGUCCUAAUUUUGCCUCUCCAGUCCUCAUGUUGUCCAUUCCAGAAAACACAAAUAUCGGAAUGCUUUUUCCAAUCCCUGCUGCUACUGACCGGGAUUCUGGAGUGAAUGGGGUGGCAUCCUAUGAGCUGAUUGUGACCCCUGAAGCACAUGAAAUUUUUGGACUGCAAGUAGCCGAGGACCAAGAUGAGAAACAACCUCAGCUCAUUGUCAUGGGAAAUCUCGAUCGGGAGCAAAGAGACUCCUAUGAUCUCACAAUUAAAGUUCAAGAUGGUGGCAAGACCCCACGAGCCAGCAGUGCCCUACUGCGUAUCUCCAUCCUGGACACCAACGACAAUGCUCCCAAAUUUGAAAAGAUGGCUUACGAGGCAGUGCUACCCGAAAACAGCCCAAUGGGGCACUCUGUACUCCAGGUGAAAGCCAACGACUCUGACCAAGGUGCCAAUGCUGAGAUUGACUAUUCCUUUCACCAGGCCUCCGAUACUGUUAGGAGGCUCCUGCACCUAGACAGGUCAUCCGGUUUGAUUACAGUACAGGGUCCCAUAGAUCGUGAAGAUGUAGGAACUUUGCGUUUUUCAGUGGUGGCCAAGGACAAAGGAUCGAAUCCUAAAUCUGCACGUACCCAAGUUACAAUUACCAUACGUGAUACGAAUGACAACCAACCAGUAAUUGACAUCAGAGGGUUUGGCCUUGUAACACAUCAAGAUGGUGUGGCAAAUAUAUCAGAAGAUGUUCCAGUGGAAACGCCUGUGGCUUUGGUACAAGUCUCUGAUAUAGAUGAGGGUGAGAAUGCUGCUGUGACCUGUGUUGUGGCUAGGGAUGUUCCUUUCCAGCUGAAGCAGGUUAGUGACACAGGGACUGACAGCAAAAAGAAGUAUUUCUUGCAAACCACCACACCACUGGACUAUGAGACUAUAAAAGAAUAUACUAUAGAAAUUGUAGCUGUUGACUCUGGUAACCCUCCUCUUUCCAGUACCAACUCUCUUAAGGUGCAAGUGACUGAUGUGAAUGACAAUCCACCCAUUUUCCCCCAGAGUCUGAUGGAGGAGACCUUCAAAGAAAACAACUCUCCUGACGAUAUUGUAAUGGAAGUUAGUGCUACUGAUGCCGAUAGCGGUUCAAACGCUCAGAUAACUUACUCCAUACUUGCAGAUGCCAAUACUCGUUCAAUCUUUUCUAUCAACCCAGACUCCGGUCAAAUUAGAGUCAACACUGUAUUGGAUCGGGAGCAGAGGGAACAUUAUGACUUUCAUGUUGUUGCAGCAGAUAAAGGAACCCCAAGUCUAAAGGGGACAGCUUCUGUUGUCAUCACUGUUCUGGACUGUAAUGACAAUGACCCUAAAUUCAUGCUGAAUGGCUACAACUUUUCAGUAAUGGAGAACAUGCCUAGGUUGAGCCCCGUUGGAAUGGUCACAGUUAUUGAUGCAGACAAGGAUGCAAAUGCUCAUAUCCAUCUCUCAGUGGAGCCUGAGAGUGGAGAAUUUGUUAUCCAGAAUGGGACGGGCACUAUCCUUUCCAGCAUCUCCUUUGACCGGGAGCACCAGAGCACGUACACCUUCCGGUUGAAGGCGGUGGACGGAGGGGACCCGCCUCGUUCAUCCUAUGUUGGCGUAACUAUAAAUGUCCUUGAUGAGAAUGACAAUGCUCCAGUUAUAGUUGUACCGUCAAACAGUUCAUAUGCUUAUCUCACCCCUUCUACACACCCGGGUACCCAGGUCAACAAGGUGCGAGCUGAGGACAUGGACACUGGUAUUAAUGCUGAACUUGUAUAUAGUAUAUGCUAGUGGCAAUCCCUAUGAACUUUUUCAAAUAACGCCCACAGGUGGUGAAGUAACCCUAGAAAAGCAGAUUUUAAGGAAGCACCAUGGCCUGCACCGUUUAGUAGUCAGAGUGAGUGAUCGAGGAAAACCUACCAGGCAUGGCACAGCCUUAGUCCACUUCUAUAUUAAUGAUACUUUGGCAAACCAGACCUUUGUGGAAACUCUACUUGGUCACAGCCAGGAUACUCCAUUGAACAUUGAUAUUGCUGGGGAUCCUGAAUAUGAGCAUAACAAGCAGCAAAGAAUCAUCUUAUUUGGUGUGUUCGCUGGGAUUGUGGCAGUUGUUGUAGUCAUUGUGGUGGUGGUUUUGGCUCGAUACUGCAGACAGAAGGAAGCAAAGAGUGGCUAUCAGGCUGGUAAGAAAGAAACAAAAGAUCUGUAUGCCCCAAAGCAGAGUAAUAAAAACAGCAAAAAUAAAAUCAAAACAAAGAAGAGCAAAUCUCCAAAGCCACCCAAACCAGUAGAGGAGGACGAGGAAAGUGGGCUGCAGAAGUCCCUUAAAUUUAAUCUCAUGAGUGACUCUGUUGGGGACAGCCCAAGAAUUCAUCUUCCCUUGAAUUACCCUCCGGGGAGCCCAGAUUUGGGGCGUCAUUACCGCUCGAACUCCCCCCUACCAUCCAUCCAACUGCAGCCUCAAUCCCCAUCUGCCUCCAAGAAGCACCAGGUGGUACAAGACCUACCGGCUGCCAACACCUUUGUUGGCACUGGGGACAACAACUCCACUGGCUCUGAUCAGUACUCGGAUUACAGCUAUCGGACCAAUCCCCAGAAAUACAACCAUAAGCAGGUAGGCGAUCACUUCCUACACCAGGCCUCCG